CGGCUUUAUCCGCCAUCGCGAUAACGAGCCAGCUAUCAGCGAUAACGGGGAUCGAAGAGGAUCGGCGUUGGUCUGCCGCGGCUAUUCCAGACAAAACAAUUUUCAGUGAUCCGCUAAAGUUUUGCCAAGGAUGACAAGAACGAGACGCGCCGCCGGCUGGGAAAAUCUAGAUGUCCUGAAAAACGGAUUCCGUCGAUUCAUUCGACACUCGAAGACGAAAUAGAAAAGGGAGGAAGAGGCGAGGCCGUUUCCUGCGCUACGCUGACCUGUUUCGCCGUAAUAAUAUUCACGCUUCGCGGUUGAUCGAUCGUUGUAUUCCCUCGCCACUCGACGAGUUCAUUAGAAUUAAUUAAUUCGCCGAGGUCUACGUAAUACCCACACGGGCUGAAGAAAAAUCGUGUAAGCAGCGUCGAAGUUAUGCUCUGGACCAUUCACCCGAACAACGUAAUUCGUCGUCAUGGUGCAAGAGGAAGUGGCGCCGAGCGUCCUUAAUUCCGUCCAUUCUGGUAACUCCACCAAUCAUGCCAACACCGUGAAUCUGCAGAUGAUGGAAGUGCAACGAGACCAAGUGUCCUACUCGCCUCCUGUGCUUUCCGGACCAAAUGUCAUUACAGCACAGCCACAAGGAGACGUUCAACAACCGAGGAGACCGAUUCCAAUCAGCACUCUGGACUGGACGUCGACCUCGAGAUCUCAACUUAGCGCUCUCUCUGGAAGUCACUUCUUGGGAAACGUGGAACAGUUGGAAAUACAACAGGUCGUCGAUCUAAGGACACUGCUGGCUAGAUCGAGAAAGGGUUUCCAGUACAGAGUGAAAGUGCCAAAAGCGGAAACGUUGUUUUUGGCGAUGGAGACGAAACCGGAGAAUCGAUCGGACGGAUUCAGUUGUUCUAAAUUGCUGCGCGAUGAUUUAACAAUGAACAUUUUAGAUCAAUGCGGCGAACCAGCGUUUAUCAUGAAAAUCAACUCGAGGUGGACGUACACUCUGAACAAGUUACGCAAAAUUACGGUGGGAAGCUCGAACCUAAUCGGAACCGUGGAAGAAAAUUUCAGUAUUAUGGGGCCAAGCUUCACGGUCUACGAUGCAACAAGGAACGAACUUUGCAGCAUAUUCGGACCAAAUGUUUGCGGUUGCUGCAUGUACAGUGAAGCGCAAUUCCAAGUAAUUUCAGUGGAUGGUACCCAUCAAAUUGCAUCUCUGAUGCAUCAAUGGGACAAUACUUUACGCGAUUAUAUAUUAUUGAUCACAUUUCCUGCAGACACGAAUAUAAAACUGAAAAGCUUGCUUCUCGGUGCUGCAUUUCUCAUGGAACACAUGUACUUCAAGCGAAUAAGAAUGUCGCGGACUUGAGCAAAAAACUGAGAACACGCUAGCAUGUUGUUCAAACGUAAUUUCUUUGUAAAUUCAUGCAAGAAUCCAGAUUCGCUCAAUAAAAUAAGUAAUCGAUUCGAUAAGUAAUUCCCAGAUAUAAAAUAUACACGUAUAGU